UUUAAAAUUUUACAACUUAAUCUUAUCGUGGGAAACCAAUAAGUCACUGUCAGUGAUAAAUUUCUGACUAAUACGAAUAGUAUAUAUGAAUGAAUGAAGACAUCAAGAGUUUAUUUUGCUCGCCCAUGUUUAAAAACCUUAAAAAGUGUUAUCAGUGGAUCUUAAAAUAUAAAAUGUUUUGAAUUUAUGUGAUAAUAAUUGUAACUUAUUGAUGUCCAGAAUGAUCAAGUCUGCACAACAGAAGUAUUGAUUCUGUAUAUUAUAAAAGAGAAGCUGUCAUAUUUUGGGUCAGUGGAGAGCUGAAUGCAUUCAGGGUAUUAUCUCCGAGGGAACAGACAGGAAGUGAUGGACUAUGAGAACAUUCCAUUUGAUCCCGCCCCGCCACCUUACACUCCACCCAACUCAGAGACUUUCUCCACCUCCACACAUUACAAAUAUCGUGAUUCCGUAAUAUGUUCAAAAUGUGGACAGCUUCAUGAAGAAAACGGAACACAUCUGUACGACUAUCACCAGGCAGUUGAUGAGGAUUUGAUGUGUCAUAUAUGUUUGCAGCCGCUAGUGAAUCCUAUAGACACUAAAUGCGGCCAUACGUAUUGUUCCCGGUGCUUGAAAAGCUACCUCAAGUUACAGAAACAGUGCCCAGUAGAUAGACAGCCACUGACUGUUAGCGAAUGCCAGAAAUCCAGCUUGCUUGUGAGAAGGUUAUUGGACAAAUUACUGGUAGUGUGUCCCAAUGUUGACUACUGUGAGGAGGUGCUGCCACGUUCUGAGCUGGAUGCCCACCUUACACACAGAUGUCGAGGUGCAGUAACAAAAUGUAUAAAGGCCAGCCUGGGAUGUUCAUUUCAAGGACCACGUAGUGCCCUUCAAAGUCAUUUGUGGGAAUGUGAUUUUAGGGACCAGCAGUCAGGAAAGAAUCCGGUUGUUAGUGGUGAAGUAUCAACAAUAGAGAUACAGCGAGACCAGGCUGACCUUGGCAUGUCUGUGGUUGGAGGUUGUGAUACACCACUGGUAUGUGUAGUAGUUCAAGAAAUAUUCCCCGACUCUGUGAUAUUUAGAGAUGGACGAAUUCAGCCUGGUGACCAAAUACUCGAGGUGAACAGCGAAGAUUUAACACAAGCCUCCCACUAUCAAGCAAGAAAAGUGCUAAGUCAGUAUUUACCAAUAUGUCGCCUAACUGUGUACAGAGAAAGAGCUGAGGAAGAAAGACCUAUAGAGAAAGAAGAAAUUUUAAAGAUAACGUUAAACAAGACGAAAGGCAAACAGCUUGGUAUUAAACUGGUUGGAAAAAGGCAUGGGACUGGUGUAUAUAUUCUCAGUUUGGUCCCAAAUGGUCUUGCAGUAUUAGAUGGGAGGUUACGACCAGAUGAUCGUGUCCUAGAAAUCAAUGGUCAGGAUGUUUCAUAUAGUUCACAAGAACAAGCUGCAUCAGUUAUACAGUCUAGUCAAGAUAGAGUGCAAUUUGUGAUAUCGCGUAAAAGUCGUCCACAAACCCCAGAUCUCAUCCGUUCUACCUCAGAGGCUCUAUGUAGCCUUGACAUUGAUCCAGUGGAAGGGACUUGGCCCAUGUGUAGGAAAUGUAGAGAACUCAACAUCAGCAUUAAUAAGGACCCUUGUGAAACACUGGGAAUCAGUAUAGCAGGUGGGGUUGGCAAUCCACGAGGAGACACCCCUGUCUAUGUCACCAAUAUAAACCCACAAGGUUGUCUAGGAAAAACUGGACAGGUUCAGAAAGGAGAUGUGUUACUGAAUAUAAAUGGCAGUAACCUACUGGGCCUCUCCCAUCCAGAGGCUGUAGCUCAGGUCAAAGCCAACACGGGGUCUAAGGUCAUCACCUUGAAGAUUGUUGAGGCCCCAGAAACGUGUAUUGGUCCUUCCAACUUUGUGCCUAGCUGGUUGUACUGGCAACAGUUACCUAAUUUGUGCCAAAAUAUCAAGACGGUGACAUUGUUACGAAGUCCUACAGGUAGUCUCGGGUUCUCAGUGGUCGGGGGCUCCGACUGUGUUCAAGGCUGUCUUCCAAUAUAUAUCAAGUCAGUGGUAACAGAAACUCCUGCAUUCAAAGAUGGCAGACUCAAAUGUGGGGAUAUGAUUUUGACUGUGAACAAUGCAAGUCUUGAGAAGGUGACCCAUGCCAAAGCUGUAGAAAUCCUUAAACAAGCCACAGGAGCUGUGUCCCUGCGAGUUGUGUCAUGGCCAGGAACCAUGGUCUGAUAGGUGCCUCUGCAGGUCAUGUCACUGCCAGGAACCAUGUUAUUAUUGGUGUCUCUGGGAGUCAUGUCAUGGCCGUUACAAGACAUAGCAUAGACACAAUCCAUGGUCUGAUUGAUGCUUUUGUGACUGAUAUCAUGGCCAGGAACUAUAGUCUGAUUGGUGCCUGUUUCAAGGACUUAGUGUUUGCCACAAGUUAUAGAAAUUGUGGAACCAGCUGACUCCACUAAUCUGAUUGGAUCUUGCUACAUUUAUUUGCCAAAAUGAAGGCUUUCAUGACCUGAAUAUAGAUAUAUACUAUAUACGAAUGGGACACGUGCAAAUUGUUAUAUAUUUUUACUAUUUUACCAUUUAUGUCAUGUUGUUGGUUGUCUUCCAACUCAGGAUAAUAGCUUGAUGCAUGUUAAAUAAUAUUGGAGGGCUGGAUGGAGAACUGUUGUAACUUACUAAAUUUAAAAGCAAGUUGUGCCAGAUUUUCGUUCAUUCCUCAUAUUGUUUGUUGUUGAUUUUGAAAUAAUGAUUUCAAAAUGAUUUCACACAUGUUUGAAAUCCUGAAAGUGAAUUGUAGUAUGAAACUUUUGAAUGGUACAAUUAUAUUUGUCUGUGUUGCAGGAUAUUUAUAACUUCUUUCGUUGUUUUAUAAGAACUUUGAUGAUUAGAUAUUAUGGUUUUGUAGAUAUGAGAACUAAGUUUUUUCAUAUGUAGAACAACAUAGUUACAGGGUUAUUAUAACUUUCAAUCUUGAAAUAGCAGGUCUGUUCCAGAGAUAUUGCGCAACUUUGUGCGCAAUAUUAAUCCAUUAAAGAAGUGCUUAAUUCUUAAUACAUAUCAAAUAAUAUAUUUAUUUAGUACUUGUAACUGAUACAUGUUUGUUCUUCAGACUAAGUAAAAUUGAAAGUAUCAAGGUGAAUGAACUUUUUAACUCAAAAAUAUUAAUCAUAAAUGAUGUAAUUCUGUCAAUAUGAAAACUACACGUUAAUAUGGACAAAUAUUGACAUUUUUUAUUCCAUUGAUGAUUGUAAUUGAACAGUUUUAAAUAAUUGAUAUGUAAUAGAUAUCUUAGUAUCUGUUAUUGUUAUGGGGGUGAUAUUGCUGUGUAACUGUAGGUAAUGUCAGACAUAUUCACUCAACUGCAACAGGAUCAUUUGCUGUACAGCAUAGACAGAAGUGAAUAGCAGAUUGCAACAAGAUAGUAACUUUAGCAGUUUUUUAUGUACACAAAACUGCAACAGGGUAAUAUGUUCAAAUGUGCCAAAACUGUUUAUGAUUAACAUCUGUACUGGCAUGCAACAAGCCUAUAGUUUUAGCAACAACAAAAAAAAAAGAUGCAACAAGAUGUACUUUUUGCAUCAUCAGGAUAAUACUUACAACAACAAGACUUAAUUCUGGAAUGCAACAUAGCUGUGUUCAUGGCUGCAAAAAGAAUUCUUUGCAGAACAGGACUGUGUUCUGGGAUGAAAUCGGGCUGUUUGCUUUGCUGCUGUAGAAUAUUUUCAAUAUUCAUUGAUCUGGGAGACUGCUGGUCAGCACAUCAUUCAUUUAUAUAGAUUUUGAUAACUCAUGUUUAUAUUUACUUCUCAUAUAACAAGAUUGAUGGCAUAUAUAACAACAUUUUCUGUCCGUUAUUUUCUAGUUUUAUGAUUUUACAAUUCAGUUGCAAAAUUAUACUUUUAUUGAAGUGAAAUUUGAAUUUUUGCAAUGUAGACAUUAUCAUUGUUCAGUUUAAUUUUGAUCUUUUCCCAGGAUUAUUUUUUUUUUAAAGAUGCAUACCUGUAUUUUUAUGUUGCACUACGAGUGAUUUUAAAGUAGCUACUCAUGAUGGCAUUUAGUAGUAUUUUGUUCAAAUUAACUGUUUUUAUAACAGGUUAUGGUCCAUUAUUCCUGUACAGUGUAUAUAGCAUAUACCAAUGUCACCUUUCAUCAAAUGUUAGUGGGGUUGGUUGAAGGGCGGUAGGGGAAGGAUGUUUAAGUCAGAAUAUGACAACAAUUUUAGUUUGAUCUUGUGUACAAAUAGUAAAAGGUAGAUGUGUAACAUCUCCUUGUUUUCAUUCCAACAGAGCAGGUCUCUUUAAACGUUUUUCAUUUUGUUUCCUUCAUUGUUUUAAUAAUUGAUAGUUUCAGUGUUCACAUGUCGAGUAAUAAUUGCUUGAUUAAGUUAAUUAUCAUUAACUUUUGGUUGUAUCCCAUUAGGAAUAUAUAGGUAUGUUGGAAUUUAUGUACAAUUGUUUGAUUAGCUGAUUUUUUGUUUCCAUUGCCUUUCAUUUGUUCCAAAUUUUAUAAGAAUCUAGUGUUAGUUAUAUGUCAUCCUAAAUGUAAGUAGAAGGUGAGAAGCUGAAUAUGUUUUAUUGAAAAUAUACUAUGUAAUGAAAUAGAUCAACAUUAAUGCUUCUACAACGUGAUUGAAUGAAUGCCCAGCCUUUAAGAUGUGAAAGAAACAUAUACCGGGUAAAUCUUGUAGAACUAAUUUACUUUUUUUCAACAUGAGCAUAUUGACAUCAUAAAAUUUAGCAUUGACAUUGCAUAGGUAAAUUGUGUUCUAACAUAAAUAUGGUUAAAAACCUUUGAUACAGUAUGAAAUAAAAAAGAAAAACUAUUUGUUUUUGAUGUAAAAUGGAAUUAUCUUUCACUCAUGACCACCAGAUUUAAAAUGUUCACUAGUGGCUGCACCAAUUGCGGAAUUAUUGCAUCUGAUGUCUGCUAGUUAUCAGAUAUUUCGACCUCACACUGGAACAAACAAAUAUCCUCUACCUUUGUAUCUUUGAGGUUGGUUGACUGAUUUCCUGUUAUAUGUCAGUAAUAAAAUAUAAAGGCACAAAAUGGUUAAUGGCUCAUUUUUGAUAAGGUACAUAGUUUUCCAAAAGUUUCUUGUAUUGGACUUAUGUAUAACCAGUCUGAAAGUCUGAAUAAAGAGUCUAGAAGCCUGUAUAACCAGUAUGAAAGCGUGAAUAAUAAGUCUGAAUCUGAAAGUCAGAUUCAUUAGAAAAAAUUAGAUAUCCCAGGGUAAAGGUCAUAUAUUGUUUCAGGUUUAUAUUGGCAGCUUAUGCCUUUCAAGUUUUUAUUUUAAACAGUUUGUUUCUUCGGUACACUAAUUUUCCUAGGUGCUGUUGUAGCCAUUAAGAGGUCCAAAUCUAUGGGAAACCAGCUUAAAAACAUUCAUUGACAUGAAUAUAAAUCAUUUGAUAUAAGAGAUGUGCCAACAUUUAAGAGAGGAAGGCACACUCAGAAAUGAAAAUGAAAUUCACUUUUAGAGAGAAAAAAAGAUUUUUUUAAACGUUUGAUGCAACCUAUACGAUACUUUCUUAGAAGAAUUUUUCUCCUGCAUUUCUUUUGUAGAAGGGCAUUUAUGAUAUUGUGUUCAUCUAAGGUAUGCAGAUAGCUAUGUCUUUUCUGUCAUAUUUCUUACUGAGUGAGCAGUUUAAUAUAAUCAGAAUUUUUGUGAUGUGUUCGAGUAUUUAUAGGAAGGUAUUGAGAACUGGAUAAAAAAUGUGUAUAUACUAAUAUAAACAAGUUUUUACUGUGAAUACGGAAAUAGUGUCGGGUAUUUAAAUAUUUGUUUGACUUGAUAGGUAUAAACUUACACUAUAAAAUGAUACAGCUUGUCAUGCUUGUUAGCUCGACUAUUUAAAGAAUAGGUACAGCUAUUGGACUCACAUCUGCGUCCACGUCAAGAUUUGGUUAAGUUUUUGUAUGUAAGUUGGUAUCUCAGUAACCACUUGUGGGAAUGGAUCGAAACUUCACACACUUAUUCACUGUGACUUAUUAUAAACUGACUCACAUUACAAAUGAUCCAUAACUCUUAUUUUGCUUUUUACAGAAUUAUGCACCUUUUUUGACUUGGCAAUUUUUGGGUUAAAUUUUUAUAUGUAAGCUUGUAUUUUAGUACCUGCUAAUGGAAAUGGAUUGAAACUUCACACACUUGUUCACUGUGAUGAUCUGACAUGCAUUGCACAGGGUUCAUAACUCUGUUUUUGAUAUUUAUAAAAUUGUGCCUAAUUUUAUUAGAGUUUUAUAUUUAUUCAAUUGACGGGGCUGUUGAAUAGUUGAGUGUUGCUGUCCUCCGACAGCUCUUGUUUUACUUUUUGGAAAAUAAAUUUCUCUAGGCAAACAUAAGUUGUAAAGGUUUGGUCUACAUUUUUGCCUCCAAUUUUACAGAAAAGAUCUAGAAAAAUAAAAGCAAAGGUUAAUCACAUGACUGAAUUCUGUAAAUUUCUGACAUACAGGUUAUGUAAUUUUUGCCAACCCUUUUAGAUGAUACUCUAUUGCAGUUGUUAUUGAACUGUUUCAACAUGACUUGUGCUUGCAAUACACUUUCAUUAUGUGCAACAUUUAGAAAAUCCUUGUUUUAGGUAGUGGCUGUUGUUAAUUUAUUUUUUCUUACAUAAAAGGACUUUUGAAAGCCUUAACUUUUAAGGUCUGAAAACAUUCACAGAUUGAUGAUCCAUGAUGGGAUGCUUGAAUAUACUUUAACGGGAGGUAAUAAUGUUUAAAUGCCAUAUAUUUAUAUAAGGGAGGUAAUAUUCACUUUGCUCACCUCAGUAUUUAUGAACUUGAUGUGAUAAAUAAAUCCAUUGUGACAUUAA